AUACGCCUAUCAGUGCCGUUAACCCAGCUCUUCUUCUGUGUGCAAAGGGUCCCACACGGUGGCCUGACAAGUACGAACACUCCACUGAGGAACUUCCGUCGACCUUAUGCAAUCUCGCUCGUUUGGCCGAAGUCAGUCUAGCUUCAAUGGUGCACGCGCGCCCCACAACCGCAAAUACACAAGAGGAGGCCGAUCCACAGGACUUCCUGCUGACGAUGGGCCUGGUAUAUGACUCGGAAUGCAUCCGCCUGGUGGCGCACAUUCCGUACGCCGUCGCAAAUGGCUACAACUAUCUGUCAUUGCUAUUUGACACACUCCCAUUCCCGUGUCGAUGUGUAGGGAGCGCCAGCGAAUUCGUCCGAGGGCGUUCUCGAGUCGCGCUUGCCUUGCUGUCUAUGUAGCAGCACAUCUUCCGCAUGGUGACCCACCUGGAGAGCGUCGAGUACCCAGAGAGCCUUGAGGCUCAGCGGUCAGUCAUGCGCGAUCUGCUUGUGGACAGAUUUGCGGAAACUCGCAUGGAAUCCGAUAUGCCGACCCCAACGGACGUGUCAGACCAAGAGUUAGACGACCGCAUUUUCACUCAAGGCCGUCCCGGUCCAGAUACGUUUCAAGCUUACGAGCAUAGCAUCGAGCGCAUAAACCCUGUUGUUCAUGCCUGGAUACUUGGGCAGCAUGUAGGACAACAAUCUGCGGGUGAAGGGUUUGAUCCACCGCCGAGCCACGUCAGUCCAAAGAUAACGUCGGAGAAUGCUUGCGAGAACAUCCAAUAUACACCCAUACCUCCCAUCGAUCGGCGUCGCGGGGGUCUGCAAGUGGAUAUAGCUCAGCCGAAACAGGUCGCAGAACAUGUACGGAAUGUGUUGAGUCUCGCUCAACUCGAGUGUGAGAAUCUCCCUCCCGACGUCAUUCUUGGCUCGACAACAUUGAGUAGUAUCUGGGAAUACAAGGAGUUGGAUUGGGAGAGUCCGCAUAAUCGGGACGCCAGCUGGUAUUCUCUCGCUAAGCGGUAUUGGUCAGAAUCCUGGGGCUACGUGGAUACAACCUUCAUUCAAAGAGGCGUACACCCGGUACCAGUCCCAUCCGACUACCAAGAGACAUCUGUCUUGGCAGGCAAGGCUAUGCCUGCGGACAAUGCCUCUCAAUUGACGACAAAUCUCAUGAAAGUUAUCAUGGCUUUCUUCCAUCGACGUGCCGUCAGCAUGCGCACUACCUUGGGAUGCGCGUGGCUAGAGGUGUUCGACGGGUCCCAUGAGUAUCAUGCGCACGUACCCAGGCUUUACGUUCGGAGUGACGUGACGGAUGAACAGAAGGCCAGCCUCCUGCCUUUGUUUUAUCCGUGUUCUCUGUCCCAACAGCUCGCUCGAGAACUCGCGUCAGAAAGGCUCAUCGGGGAGACGAUUGAGCAAAUGCUCAGACCGCAAUCCAAGUUUUGGACCUUCAUAAGCUCGACAGGGGUCCCAGCUGUCAGAAGUGACUGCAUCCCACUGGCUGUUGUUCUCCACGGCGAUCCUGAUAUGAAAGGCGACGACGUGAUGGCCGCACGCAAGCUCAUGACUCGAGCACUUCACGGGACAUUGACGUUGCUUACUAUGCGACAUUACAAGAAUCAAGGCUGGGAUUUUGACCGCCGUUUGACCCAAGCAGAUGCGCGUGUCCAGCUAGACGAACAGUAUUUCGUGUUCAGCGUGCUCUAUAGCAGGCAGCUAUUUGAGAUUGACAUCAACUUCCCAGUGCUCGCGUGGGACAAGAAGAUGGAACGAAGCAAAUGGACCUUCGUCAACGCCCCGGUGAUGAACAAGGAAUGCACGCACCCUAUGUACAUGCACUACAAGGUGGACCUCUUUAUGCGCUCUUAUACAUUGAACAGCAUAUCUACUUGUUGAGCAAUUGGCUCGGACUCGGUCGAACUUGAAGGAGAUAGGUGUCGUACAGUUCAAUUAUCACACCUUCCAUCCCAGUAGGCGUUACGAUUGGGAUGCGAGUGUAAUGAC